UAAAGGCAACAUUUUUAUAAAGUUGUUUUCAUUGAAAAAUAAAAUAACCAUGUACGAUCCGAAUUCAAGGGGCGUUAAAUCUACCAAAAGCAGACUUACUACAAUCAAUCAGAAUGAGGACAGCGAGAGUAGAAAUCUAUAUUCGGGGAACUUAUCCAAAGUGCACUCCCAUUUCUUGGUGCCUUCGGAAAAGUUGGAUAAGGUCACGAGGCGCGUCAUAGCUCCAUAUGCUCAGAUAGAGAGAAAGGGCUUGAAGGAGGAGGAAGCGAAAGAGGGCAGAUAUCUGGACAUGAACAGAUUCAACGUCUUCUUAGAGGACACGGUUGAUCUGGAUUCCCUUCUUUACGAAACUGCUAUGGUUUUGAAGACUGUUACUAACAGCUCAGGCGUUUUCGUUUACAUAGUGGACCCAGUCAAAAACGAAAUCGUUCUGAUGCCUCAUAAUACUAAAAUGCCUGAACGUCACGAAGUGAACAUACCAAUUGAGGAGGGCAAAGUGGCCGCAGCACACGUGGCCUUCACCAAAGAGUUCCUGCUCCUCCCAGACGUGCAGCGCGACAGACGGUUCGCCGAGGGCCUGAAGUGGGUGGACGCGAAGGUGGCGCUCUGCAUGCCGGUCAUCAAGCCAGACGGACACUGCUAUGCUGUGCUGGAGCUGUAUAGGACGUAUUCUGAUCCAUACACUGAUGCUGUAGUAUACACAGUGGUAAGCGUGGCGUGCUGGGCCGGCGCCGCUGUGCACCAGGCCCAGGCCCGCAUCACGCUGCAGAAGACCGGCCAUCUGAACAACGAACUGCGCUCGCUUCUGCAGAGCUACUUCUGCGAUCUGGCCUCUAUUGACACUAUGCUCACUGAUAUGUUGGCUGUGGUGAAAUCUUUCAUGGGUGCCAUGAGGAGCAGCUUCUUCAUCGUGGACAAGGAACACGUGGGGGAACACCUUCAAGCUGACAUGUGGGACGAUGGCUGGGCUGCUGAGAAGACCACUAUGCCUAAGAAGAAGGUUAAAAUUAACUUAAGUCAAGAGCAGACCCCAGCAGGCUUGGUGGCGCGGACUGGCAAGGCGCUGAACGUGCGAGACGCGUACAAGGACCCCCGGUUCAGUAAGGAGAUCGACCCCACCACAGGCACCGUUGUGCGAUCGUGUCUGGUCUCGCCUAUCAUGGACAAACAUGGGGUUAUUGGCGUGGUCCAACUCACGAACAAGACGAACACGCAGCCAUUCAACGAGGAGGACGAAAUGAUAUUCAACGUGUUCGUCAGCUACUGCUCCCUCAUCGUGCACUUCUACAAUAUGCAGCAGAAGAAGAUUUACCAUGACAACAUGAAUAAGGUCUACUACGAGCUGAUGCGUCUCCACUUGAAGCCUUGUCGUCACGACUUCGAAGAGCUCAUGGAAACCAACGGGAUUGUCUUGCCGCCAAAUAAUUUUAAAACCUACGACUACCACAUCAGCGAGGGCAGCAAGGAGGAGAUGGCGGGGCUGGUGUGCUAUAUGUACAUGGAGACCUUCGCCGACCGCAACUUCGAGAGGAACCAGCUGGCCGACUUCGCUUUGACUAUACUAAGAUGCUACCGCAACAACCCGUACCACAACGCGGAACACGCGUUCUGUUUCACGCACACCAUGUAUCUGAUUCUCACCAGCAACGCGGGCUACUUCGACUUCGUUGAGACGGUGGCGUUGAUGCUGUCAGGCCUGUGUCACGACCUGGACCACCCUGGGUACAAUAAUAACUUCCUGGCACUGUGCAAGCACCCGCUUGCGCACAUGUACAAAUCCUCCAUGCUGGAGUACCACCACUACUUCCUCGCUAAGAAGAUCAUUGAGGACAAGAACAUCCUAGCCAAGCUGCCAGCGAUAGACCGCGAGCGUAUCAUGGAGGAGAUCAAGUACGACAUCCUGUGCACCGACCUGGCGGUCUACUUCCAGAUUCGGGCACAGCUGACGCCGCUGGUCGCAGACCACUCUUUUGAUUGGGGCGAUAACUCGCAUAGGAGGAUGCUGAAGGGCAUCCUCAUGACCACCAGUGACUUAUCAGGAUGCUGCAAGCCGUUUGGGGUAGCGAAAUCGAUAGCCGAAUCGGUUUACGAAGAGUUUUACAAUCAGGGCGACAAGGAGCGCGCUAUGGGCUACACUCCGCUCAGCAUGAUGGACCGACGGCGCAGCGUGAACCAGCCGGCGGAACAGAUCCAGUUUCUGUCGGUGGUGGUGCUGCCGUGCCUGCUGCUGCUGCAGAACAUCUUCCCGAGCACCGGCCCGCUGACCGACAAGUGCAGGAAGACGCAGGAAGCUUGGCGCGAAGAAAUCGAGAUCCGCGGCCAGAAGCUGUGGAGGCAGGACGACUCCGUGGCCGGCAACCGCAGCCGAUUCUACAUCAAGUCCAAAUCCGAGGACCUUAGCUAAAUGCUGGGAUGUUUUA